AUGGGUUCUUUAAUUUUUUCCCUCCUGUAUUUCUUGUUUUUCCCUUUGUUGGUUUUAUGCAUUUUGAAAUUCUUGUUUCUUAAGUUCAUGGGUGGAAAAAGUUCUAAAAAUCCGAGUUCAGGCCGGUAUUCAUCUUAUAGUUCAAGUUCAAACUCAUGGAAUGAUUAUGGUAAUCAACAAUAUCCAUAUGCGCAACCGAGUCAGACUUAUGCACCACCACCUGUGUAUCAGAACUAUGAUGUUCCUCCUCCUGAGGCGAGGAAACGGUUAGAAAGGAAAUAUUCAAGGAUAGAAGAUGACUAUAAUAGCUUGGAACAGGUUACUGAUGCACUUUCUCGUGCUGGAUUGGAAUCGUCAAAUCUGAUUGUUGGUAUUGAUUUCACCAAGAGCAAUGAGUGGACAGGUUCAAGGUCAUUCAACCGGAAGAGUUUACAUCACCUUAGUGGUGAGCCGAACCCCUACGAACAGGCCAUUUCAAUUAUUGGAAGGACACUAUCUAAAUUUGAUGAGGAUAACUUAAUUCCUUGUUUCGGGUUUGGAGAUGCGUCUACACAUGACCAAGAAGUUUUCAGCUUUUAUCCAGACGAUAGAUUUUGUGAAGGGUUUGAGGAAGUAUUGACGCGGUAUCGUGAAUUAGUUCCACAAUUACGUCUUGCAGGACCUACAUCUUUUGCUCCUGUAAUUGAGAUGGCAAUUACUAUUGUUGAGCAAAGUGGUGGACAAUACCAUGUCUUAUUGAUCAUAGCUGAUGGCCAGGUCACUAGAAGUGUAGAUACUGGGCGAGGCCAAUUAAGCCCACAGGAGAGGAAAACUGUCGAGGCCAUUGUGAAAGCUAGUCAGUACCCUUUAUCGAUCAUAUUGGUUGGGGUUGGAGAUGGACCGUGGGACAUGAUGAGGGAGUUUGAUGAUAACAUUCCUGCUCGAGCAUUUGACAAUUUUCAGUUUGUUAAUUUCACAGAGAUAAUGUCAAAGAAUAUACAUAGAUCCAGGAAAGAGGCUGAGUUUGCACUUUCAGCUUUGAUGGAAAUACCUUCUCAGUACAAAGCAACUCUGGAGCUGAAUAUACUUGGAGCAAGCAGAGGAAAUGCUAUAAAUAGGAUUGCUCUGCCUCCUCCUAAUUAUGGUACAACCUCUUAUGGUGCAUCAAAACCUUCACGAAACAGCAGUUUUCCCCCAAUUGCACCUUCUUCUCGUGUGCCUGAGCGCCCUGUUGGCACAAGUCAAUCGGCAAGUAAUUAUGAGAAUAAUCUGUGUCCUAUUUGUCUCACUGAUCCCAAGAACAUGGCUUUUGGCUGUGGGCAUCAGACAUGCUGCAGCUGCGGUCAAGAUCUUCAAUCUUGUCCAAUUUGCCGGGAACCCAUACAAACAAGGAUUAAACUUUACUGA